UCGUUUUCCACUGCCCUUGGGGACCCGAGUGUUGGGUCGUGGCCGUUUUCCAGGCUCCUCCUCGGGACCCGGCCGAGGUGGACAGUGAGGAGGAUGGGACCGGCCUCCAGGCUCCGUAUGAGCCGCAGUGUCCUGUAACGUGGUGUCCUGCGUCCCCACGGUCCCUGGAGGCGGCGUUUACACCGUGGGGACAGAGGCCCCGCGUGCAACGGGCGGUGGGAGGCCCCCGGCCUGGGGCUGGGGCUGUAGGGAGCGGCAGAGCCCGCCUGGGUCUGAUGGCGGUGGCGCUGAGGGACCCGCUGCGGGGCUGGGGGACCUUUGAGGACAUUGCCGUGUACUUCUCUCAGGAGGAGUGGGGGCUCCUUGACGAGGCUCAGAGGCACCUGUACUGUGAUGUGAUGCUGGAGAACUUGGCACUUGUGGCCUCACUGGAUUAUGGGUGUGGAGCAGAGGCUGAGGAGGCAUCUUAUGAGCAGAGUGUUUAUGUAGCAGUGCUUCAGUCCAGGACCCCCAAGGCAGAUCCAUCCAUCCAGAAGGCCAACACCUGUGAUGUGCAUGACCCAGUGUUAAAAGACAUAUUACACCUGGCUGAGCACCAGGGAAUACAACCCAGGCAGAAACCGUACACUUGUGAGACAUGUGGGAGAGGUUUCUGGCUCAGUGCAAACUCUCACAAGCACCAGAAGGAGCACAGUGAAGAGAAACCCUUCACAUGCAGGGAGUAUGCUAAGGCUGUCCUGGACAGCCAUGGCCUCCAGCCCCAGGCCACCUACGGAGAGGGGACAUCACACAGAAGCACCGAGUGUAAGGAGGCCUUCUCACCCAGCUCCAUUUGGCAGCAACAGCAGGGAGGCCAUGCCUCACAGAAACCCUUCAAGUGCAGCGACUGUGGACAAGCCUUCCUGAAGGCCUUUGCACUCCUCAACCACCUGAUCACUCACGCCAAAGAGAGACCCUUCAGGUGCCCAGCAGGUGGAAAUGCCCCCAAGGAGAGCUCAACCCUGUUUAAUCACCAAAAAACUCACACUGGAGAAACAUCCCAUGUGUGUAAGGAAUGUGGGAAGGUGUUCAGCCACCUGUUUAACCUGAGGACACAUCAGAAAGUUCAUGCUGGAAAAGCGCAUCUCAGUUGCAGUGAAUGUGGUAAAGUCUUCACCCGCAAACACUCACUCACUCAGCACCAGAGAGUUCACACUGGAGAAAGGCCUUAUGAGUGUGACCAGUGUGGGAAAGCCUUCACUCGUAGCUUCCACGUUGUUCGGCAUCAGAAAGUUCACAACGCAGAGAGGCCUUAUGAGUGCAGACAGUGUCGGCGAGUCUUUAGCUGUAUCUCCAACUUUGUCGAGCACCAGAAAAUACAUACCGGAGAAAGGCCUUAUGAGUGCAGCGAAUGCGGAAAAGCCUUCGUUAACACCUCCCAUCUUGUCCGGCAUCAUAAAGUUCACAACACAGAAAGGCCUUUUGAGUGCAGUGAAUGUGGAAAAGCCUUCCAGCAAACCUCCAAACUUAUUCUGCAUCAAAGGAGUCAUACUGGAGAAAGACCUUAUAAGUGCAACCAAUGUGGGAAAGCCUUCAGUUGCCCCUCCAACCUCGUUCCACACCAGCGAAUUCACACCGGAGAAAAGCCUUACAAGUGCUCCGAAUGUGGGAAAGCCUUCAGUCAAAGCUCUGCCCUCAUUCAGCAUCAGAAAGUUCACACCAGAGAAAGGCCUUAUGAGUGCACUGAAUGCGGGAAAGCCUUCAGCUACAGCUCUAACCUUGUUAAGCACCAGAAAGUUCACACUGGAAAACGGCCUUAUAAGUGCAGCCAGUGUGGGAAGGCCUUCAGCGAAAGCUCCAUUCUCAGUCAGCACCAGAGAGUUCACACUGGAGAAAAGCCUUAUGCGUGUAACAAAUGCGGAAAAGCUUUCCGCUACAGCUCAAACCUCUCUAAGCACCAGAAGGGUCACACUGGAAAAGAGCCGUCUGAGUGCAGUGGACAUAGGAUCACCUUCAGCCAGAGCUCCAGCCUCCCUCAGCCCAGAACGGUCACACCAAAGAAAGGCCUUAGGAAUGUGGCAAGAGUGGAUAAACACUAGUGGGGACCUUCUCCUUGUUCCAUAAAAGGACUCACUCCUGAGAAACUCCUAUGAAAGGAACCUUUGUGAGGAAGCCAUCAGCCAAAAUUUGAAACUUGCGCAUCUCACACCCCUACUGGGAGAUUGGCUGUAGUGCCAGUGGUAAGUGGGAAGCUUGCAGGAGCUAUGC